GUUAAGUUACUAUUAGUUUUUGAGUCUCUUGAUGUUGCAUCAGCAAAUAGUAAGAAUAUGCCAAAUUUUCCAAAUAAAGAAUUUGGUGACUUUAUGAAAUUGGUUAUUAAAUGGAAUUUGUCAGAUUUAUGUGCAAGUAAAAUACUUCAUUUUUCAAAAAAAAUAAAAGUACCUAUAGUAAAAUAUGAAGAUGAAAUAUACUAUCUUAAUUAUCAUCCAAUUUUUGAUGCUAUUAAAGAAUUGUUAAGCAACGAAGAUAUACUUAAUCAUU